UUCAAGAUGAAGGUUUUUAUCGGUCUUAGUUUUCUCGUCGCGAUGACACUGGCGGAGCCGCCGAGUUAUCGUCAGCAGUCGCAGGUCGACAGGACUUACUACUUUGCCAAGCAGCAGGAGGAGCCUCAAGGAGAUGCUCCGUAUCAGGCAUCAGGAUGGAGGCCUGAGGGUCCAGCCUUUGAGCUCCCCCAGAAGCAGAAGCAAGAGGUUUCAUUGGUGAACAGCUAUGGAGCCCCAGCGAUUCAGCCCCAGAGACAAUAUGGGGCACCAGCUCAGCCUCAGAGACAAUAUGGGGCACCAGCUCAGCCUCAGAGACAAUAUGGCGCACCAGCUCAGCCCCAGAGACAAUAUGGCGCACCAGCUCAGCCCCAGAGACAAUAUGGGGCGCCAGCCCAACCUCAGAGACAAUAUGGCGCACCAGCGCAAUUGCAGGCACAAUAUGGCGCCCCAGCUAAGCAAUUGGCUCCUCGAGCCCAACCUGAUAGACAAUAUGGCGCACCUGCUCAGCCUGAAAAACAAUAUGGCGCCCCUGCCCAACCCGAGAAACAAUAUGGCACACCAGCUGAAUCUCGCAACCAAUACGGUGCACCAGCUGCACCUCAGAACCAAUACGGUGCACCAGCUGAACCCCAGGAACAGUAUGCAGCCCCUCAGACCCAAUACGGUGCACCAUUUAAUCAGCAAUACGGAGCCCCAAAAUCCACCACCACCGAUCCUUCAAUCCCAGAUUACGACGAGCCAACAACUCCCAUCGGAACUGAAUCCCAGGCGGAGCCAGUUGACUCGGUGAAUGAGCUCGAUGAGGAGGGUGACGUUGACGAACAGCAGAGACAAACUGGUGAGUACUACGUGGCACUUCCCGACGGACGUCUCCAAAGGGUACAGUACAUGAGCAGUCAGGAUAUAGCUGCGAUGAAGUACUUCGCUCAAAUUCAAGCUGAGAAUGUUGAACCACUGAGAGGAGCGGUCUAUGCUUAUCAGCCACUGCAGAAACUCGAGUUCUCACCGGCGAGGCUUCAAGUGGCUGUUAAUGAGCCGUCAGCCACUCCUGUUGUACAAAUUAGUGAGACCAGUGGCAGGAGCCAGAGAAUUACGGCAAAUGCUCCAGCCAAGUUGGAGGUCCAACCACUUGCCGCUCAACUUCCUGCACCGAUUGCUGCACCAGUUAAUUCACCCUACGCCAAUUAUCAGACACCGGAGAAGCGAUUUCUCGUUACUUUCUAAAAUUACUCUCACUUGUACAUAAUCCCACGAUUAAGACAUGGCUCAAAACAAUAAUAAAGUAUG